AUGGAUCUCGUUUCUUGCGAAACAAUCCUGCUUUUCUGCGAGAGUGUUGCUCCUCCCCUCCGUGCUCCAACUCCUCCUCCUCCUCCUCCUCCUCCUCCUCCUCCUCCUCCUCCUCCUCCUCCUCCUCCUCCUCCUCCUCCUCCUCCUCCUCCUCCUCCUCCCGCUCGUAACCCUUCAAUUGGUAACGCCCCUGCUGGUAACCCUCCCGCCGCUAACCUCCCUGCUGGUAACCCUCCUCCUGGUGGCCCUCCUUCUGGUAACCCUCCUGCUCGCAACCCUCCCGCUCGUAACCCUCCUGCUCGUAACCCUCCCGUUCGUAACCCUCCCGCUGAGAACCCUCCUCCUGGUAACCCUUCCGCUGGUAACCCUUUCCCUGGAAGCCUGCCCGCUGCCAACCCUCCUGCUGGUAACCCUCUUGCUGGUAACCCUCCUGCUGGUAACCCUCCUGCUGCCAACCCUCCUGCUGAAAACCCUCCUCCUGGCAACCCUCUUGCUGGUAACCCUCCUGACAGUAACCCUCGUGCUGGUAACCCUCCUGCUGCUGCUGCUUCUGCUCCGUAUCCACUCGUUCUUGCAACUGCAGCUGUUCGUGUUGCAGCAGCUGCGCCCCAGUUAGAACCAGCGCUAGCAAGUGCUGCUGUUCCGCCGCCUGAAUCUCCUGCCGCGCCGGUCCCUGUUGCGGUGCCUGGAAUUCCUGCGCGGGUGGACCUUGGGAUUGCUGCGGCACGUGCUGUCUCGCCUGAUUUGUUUCGAACCCGGCGGCUCCCGUCUGGAUAG